CAUUCAGGCUUCAGUUUCACUCCCUUGAUUGGAUGGCUUUGAGAAUUUCCUAGCCACAGUGCAUUACUCAGCCCUACCAUGGGAGAGUGUUCCAUAUAUAUAUAGACCUAUUAUUUGUCGAACCUCCACGUGCUACGGUAUAGGGUCAGUCUGGGUAAAAAUGUGGUUGGAACAGGAAAGGUAACAUGUACUCCCUCUAUUCUAUAAAGGUUGGCGCGCCUUUGAGGUAGAGCUAAUUCAAAUCCGUGUCAAUCUUUAUGAUUCGGACGGAGUAACUUUCUAAGUCUUGUUUCUUAAUUUCAGCACCAAAACAGGAAAUCUUAAUUACUACGUUAUAUGGAGUACAAAAGGAAGAAAUAAAUUUGCAGACAAAAUGGACCGAAAGUUUAACCAAAAUCAAGCAGAAAAAAAAACUGUUGAGCGUACAACGUACAAUCUGAAUUCGGUAGUAUUCAUAGCUGAACUUGUCCCAGAAUGACCCGCACACGCCGACUGCUUCUGCGUCAGUCGGACGAGGUCGGCAUAGGAGAGGGGCAGCGCUGGGGAAGGACGCAUGGGAAAGGGAGUGGUGCUAGGGAACGAGUAGCGGGAGAGUGGCGGCGCUGGGGCCGACAGGCCCUUCCUGUAUGAGUUCGCCGCCUCUGCUAAAUUCCUAUAGCUCCGACCGCGUGCAUCCACCAUACCACACCAGGUAGUAGUAUUGCUUGACGGCUAUUACUCUAGAAUGAAUCAGCACGGCCGACGAGUCUCACGACGGCAAAGGUGUGCAAAAGCUGCACGCCGCGGCGCGUCUCGAGUAUUUUGGAGAAAUGACAGACGACCUCUGCCGGGGAACCCACAUCGAGCGCGACCAUGGCGCCUGUGUGACGACGAAACAGGAGCUGGGACACGACCUCCGACUCCAUGACACUGAGGCAACAGUCGUGAUGUUGGCCAGUCUGCAACAAUAUGAGGAGCGUGCGGUGCCGGUGUUAGUCUCAGUCGCGUCAGAGUGGUGGCGAUUGAGUCGUGAACGCUCGGUAAAUCAAGGCGAGGGGGAGGGCGCGUGGAAAUCGUGUGGAAGAAGUUUGGUAUUUUUACCGGCUAAAAGAAGAGGCCGCGGGUGGAAAAUAAAUAGACAAGGGGUUUUCUGCAAAAGUGAUGGUCAAACCGAGUCAGCAAAGUACGGCUUACAGGUGGGAUCGGUUUGUUAGAAGAAAUACCAUACCACGACCGUAUGUGAGUAAUAAAAGUUCAAGUAUUCAAAACGACUGUUUGCAAUUUCGAAUGCUAAAUUGGACCGCGCCUCAAAUUCCCCUAGAUGUCUCGUCUCGUACGCGCGCUCUCCUCCAAACCGCAAAAAAUCGUCUUUUAAAAAAAACAAAAAAGAAACAACUCUUCUCCACGAGAAAAAAGAACUCGUACCGGUUUCUUCCUGUCAAAAAAGAAAAAAGAAAAAAAAACUCGUACUGUUACCUCUCGGAAAGAUUAGAAUACUAAAAGAGAAAAAAAAAAGGAACUCUCGUCGGUUUCGGAGAAGGCAUCCGAUCCAAUCUAGGAAAUCCCGACUCCCGAGUUAGCCAAUCUCUUUAUUGAACGGAGGGAGUAACUAUAACUAAGACGGGGUUCCCUUUGUUCUUCCGUUCCUCGCGAGAGAAAAAUCGAGCCUUUCCCUGAGGCCCGAGCCGCCGUAACCUCACCUUCGUUCGCCCGCGUCGCCAGCUAAGGAACUGUUCGUCGUAGGCGUCCUCCUUCUCCGCCUCUGGCGGAUUCGCUUGGAACCAUUCUCGCCAUAUUAAUUACAGCAGAUAUUGAGGGUAACAUGACGCAUGGUAGCAAGAGAAAGAGUAUCAUCCAAUCCUAUGUCGAAUCCGCGAGGAUGACAGCGGAAGUGUUCCCAAACAACAACAAGAGGAAGAAGGCCGUUGUAUCUGUCUGCUCACUGUUGCUUCCUGACGACCUGAUAUUAGAGGUGCUACUUCGCCUCCCCGUCAAAUCCAUUCUCCGCUUUCGAGCUGUCUGCCGCUCCUGGGCUGCACUGUUCUCCUCGAAGGAUUUCCUUAGCCUCUACAUGGCGACCUCUAAACCGGUGCCUGCACCACCAAAGCUACUUGUGGUCUCGCCCACAGCAAGAUUGGACUCCACCGCAGUAUACUCAUGCUCACCGUCAUGCCCCAGAUAUGACUUACUCUUCAACUUUGACUGUGUGGGCCAUGACUCUGUGGAAGUAGUGAUGCCCAAACCAUGCUGUGGACUCAACCUUCUCCAUGAUGCUGAUCUGCCUGCUUUCUUUGUUUUCAAUGCUGCCACACGGGCAGUUCAACGUCUGCCACCUUACAGUUUCCGGGGACGUCAGUCCAGUGCUGGACUGGGAUUUGAUGCCAGGACAAGGGAGUACAAGGUGGUAAGGUUGAUCCUUGGGUAUUUUCCAGACAACGACUCGACCAAGUGUGAAGUGUACACGCCCGGAGCUGAUUGCUGGAGGCCGGCGGCCGGAGGACUACCCUUUAGCUGGACCCAGUUUGCAGCUUCUGCAGUUACUCAUUCAGAGAUGAACAAAAUACCGCCUGUAUUUGCCAAUGGAUUCCUGCACUGGUUGAUCAAUCCUUGUCUUACUGUUAGAAGACCAAGAGCUGCUGUUAUAACAUUUUCUGUCGCAGAGGAGACAUUCGGAUGUGUCCGAUCACCUCCCUUCUGGACAUCGGAAGUGCACCUGCUCUCCUGGUCCCAGUCAGAAGGAGAGCACCUAGUGGAGAUGGAGAACCAACUUUGUAUAGUCCGAGACCUUCGCAAUAGAAUCCCUCUUCGUAGCACUUUGGAGAUUUGGAGGCUGCUGGAUUACAGCUCUGGUGAUUGGUCACUGAUGCAUCGGAUCGAUCUGUUUGGGCAUGUCGAAAGGAUUUUACGUGAGCCACAGGUUGUGAGAGUCAUUGGUUCUGUUGGCAAUUGUGGGUCAGGGAAGAAGAUAAUCAUUGCUACUAGCGAGCACAAGGUUUAUGACAAGUUUCAGAAGAAGCUUUACACCUAUGAUCAUAUUCAUCAAGUUCUAGAAACCAUUAUCUCAACCACAGAGACAUACAACAUGAAUAACAGUUUCCUCCCUGGUUCAAGAUUCAGUUUAUUUGAAGAGAGCCUUGUUCCAGUGCAUAAAACCAUCGAAGACCGAGCCACGUCAUCUACCCUGGCUAAGGUGACUAAAGGGACUACUGCCCCCAACUAAAUGAGCAUUGUGGUCCAAAUUUCUGUGCAAGCAAUGGCUCAGAUUGAUUGAGAUUUAAAAAAUCAUUCAGCCAUACUAUAAACCAGAAGAACAUUGUCAAAACACUAGAGACUGCAAAAUAAAAACCAGAGGUUACUGUUGUGGAAAACGUCUAUCACUUGAAGGACUUCAAAUCUUGUCAAAACUGUAGUUGUGAUGCAGCUUAUACUAUUUAUACAAAUCCAAAUACUGUGUCCAGCCUAUACCUGGCAUGGGUGGCCCGGCCCGGCCGGUCCGAAGCCCGACAUCCCGGGCCGGGCUCGGGUCUCCCUUUUCAGUCCCAAGCCCGUCCUGAAAGCCCGAAAAAGCCUGAAAUGGCUAAAAACGGGUAUUUUUAGGAAAAAUAGGUAUAAAAUAUCAUUUAUUUAUUUCGAAAAUAAUUAUUUUAAUGCGUAAAUGGCCUAUUUUCGGUGUUUCGGGCCGGGCCGGGCUCGGGCUUCAGGUUUGGCCAUCGGGCUUUUAUGAAGCCCGGCCCGGGGUUUGCCCAGGUAUACUCCAGCCAAACGCAGCCUUUGCCUGUGAAAACCUGCCAUUCUUGAAGGUUGCUAUACAUGGAUAAGUCAGCCAAGAACGAGGCAGGGUUGUGAACGGGGCCAUUGUUUCUUUCAACAUUGUUACCAACAUGUUUGAUGUAAUUCAUUGUCCUGUCCUACAUUUGUGUUCUGCUUGUAGAAGUAUUAUGUUUAUGUUAUGUGAAAACAGGAAGUGAUAGUAAUCUUUAUUGUACUUACAUUAAGAUUAUUAUCUUUAAUUGGAGAUGUGGCUUUAUUUUUA